UUCUUUCUCUCUUCAAUGGCUUUUCUCACGUUGAUCAUUAUUCAGUGCGGACCUGUUAAUGUUAUUGUUAUUAUUGUCGAUGUCUCACUCCUUGGAAUGUCUUCUUUCGUCCUGCUCACGCGUUACGUGACCUUCCUCAAAGACUGGAUUGUCUGGUCCUGGUCCUACCUCUGCAUCCUCUCACUCGCUUUCCUUUAUAUACUCAGAGCUCCACUCAGACUCAACGAGGCACUCUCAUACACCACAAUGUUCCUCAACACCCUGACUCCAAAGUUCUAUGUGGCCCUUACAGGGACCUCAUCUUUGAUUUCAGGUCUCAUAUUGAUCUUCGAGUGGUGGUACUUCAAAAAGUAUGGCACCUCAUUCAUAGAGCAAGUUUCUCUCAACCACCUCUCACCGCUGCUGGGGGGUAGCAGCGGAAGCAACAACAGCAGCAGCACAGGUGACAGCAGCGUGUCAGAGGGAGGUAACAGCAACAGCCAACAGCAUCAUGUGCCAGAGUGUAAGCUAUGGCGAAAUCCACUCAACCUCUUUCGAGGUGCGGAAUACCAGCGAUUCACAUGGGAAAUGGACAAAGAGCCGCUCACUUAUUAUGAUAUGAACCUGUCAGCGCAGGAUCACCAGACGUUCUUCACAUGUGAUGGAGAUGCUGGCAAACAGGAAUAUGAGAUUAUGCAGAUGGCCUGGCGAGAGAGGAACCCAGAAGUGAGAAUACGAGAGGCCCACAGAGGCCUGGAAAAAAACUCUGAGUGUGCUACGUCCCUCAUCUUGUUGGCUGAAGAGGAGUCACAGUCUGUUGCCGAGGCUGAGAAAUUAUUCAAGCAAGCAUACAAAUAUGCAGAGAUCAACUAUAAAAAGUCACAACAGACAUGUCAGCAGUCACUGAUGCAUGACACCGCACACAGAAGAGACACCAAUGUUCUAGUCUACAUCAAAAGACGGCUAGCUAUGUGUGCACGGAAACUCGGUCGGACAAAAGAAGCUGUGAAAAUGAUGAGAGAUUUAAUGAAGGAAUUCCCAAUGAUGAAUCUCUUCACAAUCCAUGAAAACCUCAUUGAAGCCCUUCUGGAACUUCAGGCUUACUCAGACGUACAAGCAGUAUUAGCAAAAUAUGAUGAUAUAAAUCUUCCAAAGUCAGCUACAAUAUGUUACACAGCAGCAUUACUAAAAGCCCGAGCUGUAGCAGACAAAUUUUCCCCAGAUGUUGCUUCUAAAAGAGGCCUCAGCUCAGCAGAGAUGUCAGCUGUUGAAGCCAUUCACAGAGCUGUGGAGUUUAAUCCUCAUGCGCCUAAGUACCUGCUGGAGAUGAAAAGCCUCAUACUACCUCCUGAACACAUCCUCAAGAGAGGUGACAGCGAGGCCAUAGCCUACGCCUUCUUUCACUUACCACACUGGAAACGGGUUGACGGUGCCCUCAACCUCUUACACUGCACAUGGGAGGGCACUUUCCGUAUGAUCCCUUAUCCUUUAGAGAAGGGUCACCUUUUUUAUCCCUACCCCACCUGUACAGAAAGCAUUGAUAGAGAACUUUUACCAUCCUUCCAUGAAGUGUCUGUGUACCCCAAAAAGGAACUUCCAUUCUUCAUCCUCUUCACAGCCGGUCUCUGUUCCUUCACAGCACUCCUUGCACUCCUCACACACCAGUACCCAGAACCCAUGGGAACUGUUGCUAAAACGGUCCUGGGAUGGAUGUAUCUUCCAGUCAGCUGCCUCAUAGAAAACCUCGAAGCCAUACUACCAUCAAACCUCUUACAUCAGCUCUCCAGGAUCUAAUCUCUGCUCGACCACACUGGAACCUCACCUCACCUCACCAAACAUCAAACAUCAUCGUGGUCCCUUCAAACCACUUCUUCCUCUCCCAACACUACUAUCACCCGCUCUCAGUCUCCCUCUCUCUAUCAACCUCCACCCCAACCAUACCCACCACCACAACUUUGUCACAUAAACACACACAACUAUGAAACUGUGAUGACACCGACCCCCUCCGAAAGUCUCCCCCCCUCUACCGCCUGCACCAACACGCAACACCCAAUAUCCAUCAAGCUGAGCUAUACAGUCACCUAAGCUGUAAAGAAUAGCAGCCAAAUCUCCCUCAAAUAACACCGAACUGGUUUGUGUAUGUAUAAGCCAAUGAGGGGCACCUGUAUGUGAUACCUAAAUCUGCUAGAAAUAGCAGCCAAGUUUCCUUCAAAUCACCCCCUACUCUCUUAUCUAUGUAUAUAUGUAUGAGACAAUGUGGGACACCUCUACAUAAUAGCUAGACCAGUUAUAAAUAGCAGCCAAAUCUCCCUCAAAUCACACUCUACUGUCAUAUCUCUAUAUAUCUGUAUGAGCCAAUGAAGGACACCUUUACAUGAUAGUUAAACUUGUUAGAAACAGCAGUCAAAUCUCCUUCAUAUCACACCCUACUGUCUCAACAACAGGAAGAACACAUAGGCCAAUGCCAAUCUUGAUAUAUGAUAUAUGAACGAAAAGCUGGAUGGCCAUGGCUAGAAUUCCUCUGACCAUGGUUCUGCUCAUUCAGGACUGACCUAGGGCUAAACAAAACUAUACCAAUUUGUCUUUCUCUUUAUUUAACUCUCUCCCACUUUCUCCUCAACAACACAACACCUAUUACAAGAGUACCCCUUCCUCCAACAAAACCAUCUUACAAUGUGAUUCCCUCUUGUCCACAUGAGGGCUUCAUCACUCAAACAGCCCUCUCGCCACCCCCCUCCCACCUGUACUUCAACCUUUCCAUCCAUCCAAUCUACCAGCUCCUUUACCCACCCUCUCCAUACCCCUGCAAUAUGGACUCCUGGCUAUUUUGCCAUUUGAACUCUUCAUCCGACCUUUGCUACUUAAAUAUAAACAUCUUAACUCAACCUGU